CAGCUUUGGAUGCAACGGCGACCGACAAAAGGGCUAGCCCAUAUAGCUCCCCCUUCCCUCCUCGACGCUGGAAUGGGGCUGGAAGGCGAGAAAGGCUCUCGCCUGAACCAACGCAUUUUUGGCGUCACGAAUCGAAUUUGGCUGAUACUUGGCCUUUUCGUCUUUCUCCUGGGCUUCACUCAUUUCAUCGUCCCUACCACCCCGACGCCUGUUUAUACCUUUUCCAACCUCAACCUCACUCCCAAGAACUACUUCAACGCGUCCGAAGCUGGGCCCAACCCAUUUGACUUUUGUCCGGUCUAUGGCCCUGGUGACGAGAUUGGACAGAAGCAUGGCGCAGUCACCCUUGGUCAAACGCGACUACAUCUCGGCAGUGGGGCAAGGGUUCAACGGGUACUAAACAGGGCGCUGGCUGGCCAGCCUGUAACAAUAAGCAUCAUAGGAGGUUCUGUUUCUUCAUGUCAUGGAGCUGGAGACGACCAUAUUGCGCCUCGUUGUUAUCCCUCCCGCUUCUUCCAAUGGUGGAACUCUGUUUUUCCGCAUCCCGCUUCCGAACUCACAAACGGCGCAAUGAGGCGCUCAACCUCCGAAUAUUUUGCGUUUUGCAGCACUCAUCACAUUCCUGACGCCACCGACCUCGUUAUAAUUGAACUCGACUCAGACGAUCGUGCCGACCAGGAAUCACUCGAGAAUUUCGAGGUGCUGGUCCGAUCCAUCCUCAUUCGACCAGACGAGCCUGCCGUUCUCCUCCUUGGUCAUUUCAGUCCACAAGUUCAUACUGCACAUGGGUUUGCUGGGCCAGACCAUUACCACAACAUCGUCUCCCAGUUUUAUGAUGUUCCACACAUCAGCGUCCGCCCACUCUUGUAUACCGACUACAUGCGCGACCCCGAUUCUAUUAAAAAGUUCUUUGCGGACGCUGUUCUGGCCAAUCCCCACGGCCACGAGGUCAUUUCUGAGGUUCUCAUCUCAUACAUCCAGUCGCAAAUCUGCACGGCUUGGGCAGUUGCUAGUGGUGCUUCCUUCGACGCAAUACCUGGCCGAACAGUAUUCGAACCGCCAACAGGAGACACCCAUGGGCUUUUCGGCGGCGUUGGCCAGCGCAAGGGUGUUCCAGAGCCAGGCAAAGAAGACACUGGGAGUGACGCGGAAAACGCCAAAGUUGCUCUCCCUGCAUCAUCCAAUCUCUUCCACCCUUCGCUCCAUGUUCCUCGUGCGCGAAUAUCAACUCGGCCAACCGAUUCCCGUCCUUUCCAAGAAAUCGCACCGUUCUGCGUGUCAGCCAACGAUCUUAUCAACCCACUCCCCCCAUCGCUGUUCUAUGGUUCUGGCUGGCACGCUUACCAUCCAGGAGGCGGGGCCGGGGCGAUGAACCCAAUAGCCCAUUACUGGUACUCUUCUCUUCCUACCAGCAAGAUGCGUGUGCCCAUCGUAGUUGGCGCCGGCGAUAUCGGGAUCUACUUCCUCAAGGAGCCGAUUAGUAUUGUGGGCGAAGGAAGCGCGGUUGAAUGCUGGGUCGACGACAAUUACGCCGGUGCAAAGACGAUUGAAAACGCGGCAGACGUGACAGAGUCCACCGCAUCGCUCUACUACAUCGACCACUAUGUCUCGCGUGGGUCGCACUUUGUCGAGUGUCAGUUGAUGGGCGAGGAGGGUCAAGGCGUCACCAUCUUCAAAAUCAUUGGCAUUUUCGCAACGUAA